AUGAGCUGGGAUUUUGCCUGCUGCAGCAAGGCUAGCAAGCGGAGACGGUAAGCGACCGGGGAGGCAGGCAAGGGGGGAAGGCUGCGUCCCGGAUUGGUAUGAGCAAGAAUACACCAUUCUUCUUGACGAGAACUAGCCCUACCCCUCAGGAGCCACAACGUUUUCGACGGCAACGGAUAUGGACUUUUACUCGAACAAUCGUUUUAAACUGUGAACAGCAUUCCACAUAAUUUAAGAAGAAUGGUAAUUAAAGGAAAAAACUAGCUAGGCUCCUACUAGCUAGCUAAGCCUUUCGCCCUUCUAUUCUCAUCAGAGGAGGGGCAUUCGGGCUUUGUAGCAUUGCAGAUCUGGCUAGCUAGUAUGUUGAUGCAUUUUCGUUGCAGCAGAAUGGAUAUUCAUAUAUAUCAACGGCUCAGGGGAUUGCUGUAACUGCAUGGACGCGGGCGAUACCUUGAUAGAGAAGCAUUUUUUGGACGAGAAGAAUAGACAUACUACAAGGGCUUUCAGAACGUCAAAAUCUGCCGGCCUGGGCUGGCAGGGUCUGUGAGUUAUCCUUUAUGUGUCUUGGGAAUAGGUUGAAUAUGAGGACGUAUUCCACAUUAAACCCAUACUGUAUCGAUGCCUUUGUGAGAGGAUGAGGAUGAUCGAUUUAUCUUAACCCCCCAGUAGCUUUUGCUGGCCUGAGAGCAUCCAAGUUUUUUUUUCUUUCAACAAGGUGAGAAUAACUUCUGUCGGCGUACCUAGCCCACUGUCAUUCUGAAGAUACUUUCAGCCAAGUCAGUUUCUAUAAUUGCUGGAAACACCCAAAAUAGUUUGAAUCAUGUCGGGAGAGGUUCGUUUGAAGAAAUUGGAAAAACUAAUCCUGGACGGACCAGCUCAGUCAAAUGGCCAAUGCCUUAGUGUGGAAACCCUACUGGAUAUACUUAUCUGUCUUUAUGAUGAAUGCAACAACUCGCCCCUCAGAAGAGAGAAAAACAUUUUGGAAUUUCUGGACUGGGCCAAACCCUUCACCUCCAGGGUCAAGCAGAUGCGCCUACACAAGGAGGACUUUGAGAUCCUCAAGGUGAUUGGUCGUGGGGCCUUCGGUGAGGUUGCCGUGGUGAAGGUGAAGAAUGCAGACAAGGUGUUUGCCAUGAAGAUCCUCAACAAGUGGGAGAUGCUGAAGAGAGCGGAGACGGCGUGUUUCCGCGAGGAGCGCGACGUGCUGGUGAACGGAGACAGCCAGUGGAUCACCACCCUGCACUACGCCUUCCAGGAUGACAUCAACCUGUACCUGGUGAUGGACUACUACGUGGGAGGAGACCUGCUGACGCUGCUCAGUAAGUUUGAGGACCGCCUGCCCGAGGACAUGGCUCGCUUCUACCUGGCUGAGAUGGUCCUGGCCAUCGACUCUGUCCACCAGCUGCACUACGUUCACAGGGAUAUAAAACCAGACAACAUUCUGAUGGACAUGAACGGUCAUAUCCGCCUGGCUGACUUUGGCUCCUGUCUCAAGCUGAUGGAGGACGGAACGGUCCAGUCCUCCGUGGCGGUAGGAACCCCAGACUACAUCUCCCCAGAGAUCCUGCAGGCGAUGGAGGAUGGCAAGGGCAAGUACGGCCCCGAGUGUGACUGGUGGUCCCUGGGGGUGUGCAUGUACGAGAUGCUGUACGGAGAGACCCCCUUCUACGCAGAGUCCCUGGUGGAGACGUAUGGCAAGAUCAUGAACCACAAGGAGCGUUUCCAGUUCCCGGUGCAGAUGACAGACGUGUCGGAGGAUGCUAAGGACCUCAUCAGACGCCUGAUCUGUUCCAGAGAACACCGUCUGGGACAGAACGGCAUCGAGGACUUUAAGCAGCACCCCUUCUUCUCCGGCAUUGACUGGGACAACAUCCGCACGUGCGAGGCCCCCUACAUCCCUGAAGUGAGCAGUCCCACCGACACGUCCAACUUCGACGUGGACGACGACUGCCUCAAGAACUCUGAGACCAUGCCCCCUCCCUCUCACACAGCGUUCUCUGGUCACCACCUGCCCUUUGUGGGCUUCACAUACACCAGUAAAUGUACUCUGUCAGACCGGGGCUGUCUGCGGGAGCCGUCGGCGGGCCAGGAGGACGUGUGUGUGCAGCGCGGCCUGGAGGACAGCCUGGCGACCGAGGCGUACGAGCGCAGGAUCCAACGCCUGGAGCAGGAGAAGCUGGAACUGAGCCGCAAGCUGCAGGAGUCCACCAAGACCGUGCAGGCCAUGCAGCACCCAGGGGGCCCAGGGGAGGGGCCCGCCCAGCCCCACCCAGCCCCGCCCCCCGCCCCGCCCCUCUCCCCCAGCAGGGAGGUGGAAAUACGGAGCCUGAAGACGGAGAUCGACCUCCUCAAGAAGCAGAUCGCAGACUCGGGCCAGCUGGAGCAGCAGUUGGAUGAGGUGUCUAGUGCUCGGAGAAACCUGGAGGAUUCUUCUAAACACAUGAAGAGCAUGGAGAAGCAGAUGAAGAGCCUCACGCAGGAGAGAGACGACCUGCACAAGGACCUGAUGGAGGCGAGCGACAAGCUGAAGGCCCAGACCAGGGAGCUGAAGGAGGCGCAGGCCCAGAGGAAGCUGGCCCUGCACGAGUUCUCCGAGCUCAACGAGCGGCUGACGGAGCUGCGCACGGCCAAGCAGCGGCUGGGCCGGCAGCUCCGCGACCGCGAGGAGGAGAUGGAGGCUCUGGCCCAGAGGGUGGAGGGCCUGCGGGCCGAGGUGCGCAAGGCAGAGAGGGGCAGGAAGGAGCUGGAGGCCCAGUUUGAAGAGCAGACAGCAGAAGCCCAGAAGGAGAGGAAGCUGAGAGAACGCAGCGAGCAGUACAGCAGACAGCUGGAGGACGAACUGGAAGGAAUGAAGCAGAAGCCGGUGGGCCCUGCGUCGGGGGCGGUGGGCUUGGAGGCGGGCCCGGAGGCGGGCCGUAUGCGCGCCGAGCUGGAGAAGAAGGCCGUGCUGCUGGAGGAGGAGCGCGGGCGGCGCGAGGCCCAGCACGCCGCCGAGCUCAAGGCCCUGAGGAAGGAGCUGAGGGAGGCCGAGAGCCAGCAACUCACCCUGCAGAAGGAGAUCCUGGUGCUCCGAGACAAGGCUACAAGGACACGCCGAGAGAGCCAAAGCGAGCGCGAGGAGUUUGAGUCGGAAUACAAACAGAAGUAUGAGAGGGAGAGGACUCUACUCACUGAGGAGAACAAGAAGCUCUCCAGCGAGCUGGAUAAGCUGACGUCCAUGUUUGAGAAGCUGAGCGUAGGCAACCGGCAGCUGGAGGAGGAGAUGAGGGAGCUGGCCGACAAGAAGGAGAGCGUCACCCACUGGGAGGCCCAGAUCACUGAGAUCAUCCAGUGGGUGAGCGAUGAGAAGGAUGCUCGAGGAUAUCUGCAGCCUCUGGCCACUAAGAUGACUGAGGAGCUGGAGGGACUGAGGAACACCAGCCUGGGAGCCGAGCUACGGUAACACACACACAGAACUAGACAUACACACACACCCUGGAAGAUGCGGCGCUUCGCCAAGCUGGACAUGUCUGCUCGUCUGGAGCUGCAGUCAGCCCUGGACGCCGAGAUCAAAGCCAAGCAGAGCAUCCAGGAUGAGCUCAACAAGGUCAAGGCCUCCAACAUCUCCACCGAGUGUAAACUGCAGGAGGUGGAGACCAGGAACCAGGAGCUGCUGGCUGAGAUGGAGCGACUGAAGAAGGAGACAGAUGAUCUUCGUCUGCGCCGGGGUGUGAAACACCAGGACUCCCAGAAUUCCUUCCUGGCCUUCCUGAACGCCCCCACCUCAGCACUGGACCAGUUUGAUGACUCUUUCUCCUCCUCCUCGUCCUCUUUAAUAGAGUUUUGGGAAGAUCGCUCUCCAUCCAUCGGGCCAGCUAGCAAAGGCAGACGUAUGGAUUCGGUGGACUUCACUCCUUCCAACACUCCAUCCCGGGACGAGGACUCUAAGUCCCACCUGAAGUCUCGUUCGAGGUCGCCUUCCAUGGCCAGCGACAUGGAGCCUAUUGAGUUGAUCGACCACCCUCGCCCCGUCCAGACGCCCACCAUGAGGUCAGGAUACGGCAGCAUCGGGCGCUCCUCCCCCAAGCCCAAAGCCCACCAGUUUGUCGUGAAGUCGUUCAACACUCCCACCAAGUGCAACCAGUGCACGUCUCUGAUGGUGGGCCUCAUCCGCCAGGGAUGCACCUGUGAAGUGUGCAACUUCUCGUGUCAUGUGACGUGCGCAGACAAGGCCCCAGCCGUGUGUCCGGUGCCCCAGGACCAGACCAAGGGUCCCCUGGGCAUCGACCCCCAGAGGGGCAUCGGCACCGCCUAUGAGGGCCACGUCAGGGUGCCCAAGCCCACGGGGGUGAAGAAGGGUUGGCAGCGGGCGGUAGCCGUGGUGUGCGACUUCAAGCUGUUCCUGUACGAGCUUGGAGAAGGCAAAGCCACUCAGCCCAGUGUGGUGGUCAGCCAGGUCAUAGACAUGAGGGAUGAUGAGUUUUGUGUCAGCUCAGUCCUGGCCUCUGAUGUCAUCCACGCCAGUCGCAAGGACAUCCCCUGCAUCUUCAGGGUGACGGCGUCCCAGCUGUCGCCCUCCAGCAGCCACAAACCCUCCAUCCUGAUCCUGGCGGACAGCGACCACGAGAGGAACAAGUGGGUGGGGCUUCUGAACGAGCUGCAUCGCAUCCUGAAGAAGAACAAGCUGAAGGAGCGUUUUGUCUACGUUCCUAAAGAGGCCUACGACAGCACCCUGCCCCUCAUCAAGACCACCCAGUCUGCUGCUAUCAUAGAUCACGAACGCGUUGCCCUGGGCAAUGAGGAAGGCCUUUAUGUCAUCCAUGUCACCAAAGAUGAGAUCAUCCGUGUGGGGGACAACAAGAAGGUUCACCAUGUGGACCUGAUCCCCCAGGAGCAGCUGCUGGCCGUCAUCUCCGGGAGGAACCGUCACGUCCGCCUCGUUCCCAUGGCAGCGCUGGACGGCCGGGAGGUGGACUCCUACAAGCUGGUGGAGACCAAGGGCUGCCAGGCCGUGGUGUCCGGCCCGGUGCGGAACGGCUCGCUCACCUGCCUCUGCGUGGCCAUGAAGAGACAGGUCAUCUGCUACGAGGUGAACAAGACCAAGGCCCGUCACCGCCGCCUGAGGGAGCUGCAGGCUCCGGGCCCGGUGCAGUGGAUGGGCCUGCUGAGCGAGCGUCUGUGCGUGGGCUACCAGGCGGGCUUCACCCGCUACAGUGUGCACGGCGACGUGGCGCCCGUCAGCCUGCUGCACCCGGACGACCACACGCUGGCCUUCAUCUCCCAGCAGGCCCUGGACGCGCUCUGCGCCGUGGAGAUCUCCACCAAGGAGCUGCUGCUGUGCUUCGCCUCCAUCGGCGUCUACGUGGACUCCCAGGGGCGCCGCUCGCGCCAGCAGGAGCUCAUGUGGCCCGCCGUGCCCCUCUCCGCAUGCUACAACGCCCCCUACCUGUCAGUGUACAGUGAGAACGCUGUGGACGUGUUUGACGUCAACACCAUGGAAUGGAUCCAGUCCAUCCCUCUGAAGAAGGUGCGACCCCUGAACUGUGACGGCUCUCUGAACCUGCUGGGGCUGGAGACGGUCAGGCUGAUCUAUUUCAGAAACAAGACAGCAGAGGGAGAUGAGCUGGUUGUUCCGGAGACGUCUGAUAACAGCAGGAAGCAGAUGGUUCGUAGUCUGAACAACAAGAGACGCUUCUCCUUCAGAGUCCCAGAGGAGGAGAGACUGCAGCAGAGGAGGGAGAUGCUGAGAGACCCAGAGAUGAGGAACAAGCUGAUCUCCAACCCCACCAACUUCAACCACGUGGCCCACAUGGGCCCUGGAGACGGGAUCCAGAUCCUCAAAGACCUGCCCAUGAACGCCCGUGUUCAGGAGAGCCGGGCUGGGUUCAGCGGCUCCGUCAGCAUCCCCUCCAUCACCAAGAACAGGGCGGAGCCUGGCAGGUCCAUGAGUGCUAGUAGUGGACUGGGCAUACGUUCCUCGUCCCAGAACGGCAGUGCGCUGCGCAGGGAGCUGUCUGGAGGCAGCUACAGCUCCAAGCGUCAGACCAUGACCUCUCCCUCCGAGAGCUCGCUGUCGUCCGGGGGGGGCAUGGACGGGUGCAGCGACGCCCCCCUGUCCCAGUUCGACAGAGAGGACUCGGAUUCGCCUCGUCACUCCACGGCGUCCAACAGUUCGACAUUCAGCAGCCCUCCAAGCCCCGCCUCCCCGCACAAGACCAAGUCCCUCUCUCUGGAGAGCACAGACCGCAUGGGCUGGGACACAUGAAUGAUUGACAGCACAGCCCCUCCACUCAGCCACCCUGGGCCCGCCCCUUCCUGGGGCUCAGCCUAUCCCCUGCCCACUGAACUGCACCUGUCACAGGCCACACCCCUUUUGACUUUAUCUCCCCUUUUUUGUCCUCUAAGAAACCCCGCCCCCCAGUCAUAGCUGGCGACACGGAAAGACUUGUCUGUUCUUUUCUCUUGAACGAGAGUGAAGUUUGGGGUCUGAUGUUAGUUUGGAUGGGUGUUGAGGAACAUACACUCUUGUAUGUUACUGUGUGAGAGUGUGUGCUGGUGCGAGAGUGUGUGUUAGUGUUUGACAGAGCGUGAACAGGUGUGCGCUUGUCUGUUUAGAGGAGAAAGGACAUAGCUUAAAUGAGUGAUCUCGUGUCUGCCCCCCCAUCACCCCCCACACACCUAUUGGAUCUAAUCUGUAGCUAAAAUAUCACAGUAACCAAAGCCCUGAGCUUCAAUGACAGUACUUUGAUUGCAGCACUCGUAGCUCAAGUAUUCCAGAGUGUUCCAGAAUGUUUCCAGUGUUCCAGAAUUCUACCAAUUGGCACUUCAACUAAAUACACACAAGCCUCAAAGAUGCUACAAAAAGAAGAGGAUUGUUAUCAACAAGGUGAUUUGUACUUGUACAUAGGACCCCCGGGUUCAGAGGACAACCUUUUAUUUAUUUAUCAAUCUUAGACAUGGAGAGCAAGGUGCUUCUGCAGCUAGAGGUGUAAGAGUCUUUUCUCUAACUCUUUCCAUCGGUUGCUUCGCUUUUGGAUGAUAACAGCUGAAGAAGGAAAGCAGUUUUAUGAGGCUCACAAAUAGAAUUUUCACAAAAAAAAGUACAAAAAAACAAGACGGUAAUGAUGUUUUAUUUCUUAUUUUGCUCAUGAAAGUAAUACGUGCUGUGAUUUUAAUUUGUUUUGUACCAUCGAUAAAAAGCUACAAAGCCGUUCCAAAAACACGACUAUACAUACAAGAGGUAAACUGGAGACCUUAACGGCUUCAUGUUCUAGAACCUUAGAGACAGCAGGUAGAUGCAGAUACAUUCUAUGAUGACAUCAUUGCUCCUGGACGCUAUUCCUCAAGGGCCAGUGACAUCAUCAACUAGCGACCUGGGACCAUCUCUCCAUGUAGACUAGAACCUACCGUACACUGCUUUGGCAUAGUCCAGCCCACCAAUCCAAACGCAAAGCUGAUUCCCAUCACAAUAAUGUACAUAGGUUACAGUAGAGAAUAAUAUAUGAUAAGGUAAAUACUAUAGAGAAAUACAUGCGGGAAGUUUCUCAAUCCUGUUUAUUUUGUUUUUGAGAAUGAUUUUGGGGGGUUAACUCUCACGAAAGCCAUUUAAACCACUUUCAAGUUUUGUUUUAAGAUUGCUUCUAGAUUGUUGUUUUCUAUCUCACGUACGGAUUGUCGAGUGUUAUUUUCCCCAUUGAAUUUUCAUGUGAGGAAACUCAUGUUUGGGCCAGUCAGGGCCCUUGCUGUUGAGUGAAUAUGUGCAUUUAUUUGAAACUGUUGUCCAAUCACACACACGGUCAAAUCUACACAUAUGCAUACAGUCAUUCAUAGAACACACACAUACUGAACACACAUAAUCUGAGAGGUGUUUUGUAAUGAACGCCUUUUGCUCCUCAACUACCACUAUGGUUCACAGUCUGACAGGCCUUUUGUCAACAGUAUGAAAUGUGUUCAUUGUCUCUGUGGUACCUUUGUUGUAUAUCCUUUUGUCUUUGGAGUGAGAGAGAAUCUUUUUUUGGAAAAGCUUAUUAUAACCAAAAAAAAAGAGACUUGUUCAGUCUUGUUUUAUUUUUUUCUGAGAGCCUUUGCUUACUUUGAAGAAUGUUGCGGUGAUACUGUAGGUUAGACAGACAACACGGAGACACAUCGUCUGAAUUCCUGACUACGUUACCCAGAGAGCACUGGGAUAAGUAAACUAUGUAACAAGAGACGCCAUUAGAUGGGCUCUACGCUUCCUGCGUUACAGACAGCAUUCAAACUCACCUGAUCUCAUUGUUAUUGGAAUAUGUAUGUUACUGUCUACUUGUCAAUACAUGUACCUGGAUGCAACCACCCCACUGUAUUGACCUGUGUUCAGGCACAGUAAAUAGUUACCUUUUCUAAACUUUUGGGGUUGUGCCUCUUGCUCUUGUACCUGAAGAGGAAGCGACGGAACUUCUCUCACAUUCUCACUCUUACUGAAAUCAUUUUCGUUCUGAUGAGGAAAAUCGUUUUUUGUUUUUAUGUCACAAAAUAUUAGGCAGCCGGUGUUGAUGCAACACUCUUCAAAGGGACCUUCUGUCUUAAGGGUGGAGGAGAUGUGGUGUGGGUUGAAGUGUACUAAGUCCUUUGUCAUGGCAACAGUAUAUUUAGAGUGAUUCUUGUGUGAUGCUGAAGUACACACAAAAAUGUUUAACCAAUUCUGCUUUCAUUCCUGCCAUGGUGUCCUAAGCUGAAAUAUAAACUUGUUCUGUGAUUCUGCAAAAAUACAGUUAGCAACAGUAUUGGUAGCAUUCCAAAUUCUAGAGAAUUCCAUGACAUAUUUGGAACACUGAGGUUGAUCCACAGACGGUUAAAUGCUUCUGUUGUGAAUACGCUGGUUUUACUGUCUGAACUUAAUCACCUCUUACUGAAAUGUACCUUGAAGCUACAGUCGGCUAGUGUCUGCUGGACCUGGUCUGUAGAAUGUAUUAGCUAAGAGGAGGGUAUCUUAGUCGAGUCGUUUAGCUGUCUUUUACUGCAAUGGUUGAAGGACCCCAAAUCCGACUAUUGGAAGAAUAAGAGAAAGAAGAAAAAAAAAAAACUCAGGAAUGUCAGAACCAAUCAAUAUUUUUAUCCUGUUAAAAGGAGUGUGGCAGGGCCUGGCUGGGAGGACAGGAAGGUGGGGUGGUGUGGACUGGGCGCUGGGGUCGGUCGGUCAUUCAGGCCACCAGGAGAGGCGUGAGGUGUUGGGUUGAUCAGACGGGUGUUUUCGUAUCGAAGCUGAGGUGAGAGGUCAGAGUUCAUUUGGAGUCAAGGUAAAAGUCUGGGGGAGCCUCAGUGGUAACCAUGGCAACCAUUUAAACGGAAAAUCUAAACGCCUUUGCAUUUCAGUGAGGGUCUAUCUACAGUACCUUCUAUAUUAUUUUACUCUUUCAUAUCAUAUUAAGUUUUAUUUUUUUCCUUUUUCUAGGAUUGCUUUGUAAUAAUUUGUACAGUUUUGCAUGUUAUAGAUGUAAUCAUUUUUUUUGCCCUGGUUUGUCAUUUUAUUUGACUUGCUCAUAUUUGAACGGUUUGGGAGUUUUACAGAGGAUAACCCACUACAGGUGAUGUAGAUUCUUUUUGCACAGAAAUAUUUAAGGUGUAAGGUCAAACAAAGUAAUGUAUGGAACUGGCCGCCACGCGUAUGUGGAGAACUCAUUAUAUUAACCUGACUCUGAUGUACUUCAAUAAAGCGGAGGGCUGUUACAAAUACAGACACACCGG